CACAAACAUAUAUAACAAACCCUUUUGAAAAGUGAUCAAGUGUGGUUCUUUAGGAAUGGAAAAAUACAUUCGAACCAUGGCUAAUCACUUGAUUAAGCCAGUGACUAUUUCCUUAAUUGUUGUGAUGAGUAUUAAUCAUCAAUUAGUCCAUGCCCAAUAUGCCGAAAAUCCCAAUGGAAUUAGCAUCACCAAUGUGGCAAAUGCAGAGGCAAAGGGAGCAGUUUGUAAUGAUGGAAGUCCAGCAGCUUACUAUUAUGAUCCAGGAUUUGGAGAUGGAGCCAACAGUUGGGUUGUUUUUAUGAAAGGUGGAGGUUGGUGUGGCUCAGAUAGUCUUUGCAGAACAAGGCUCGAUCAAUUUAUGGGCAGCAGUGCGCAUAAUGAAAAAAUAACGACUUUUGGACAAAUACAUAGCAGAAACGCAACGGAAAAUCCAGAUUUCUACAAUUGGAACAGAGUUAUGGUAGUGUAUUGUGAUAGUUCAUCGUUCAUGGGUACCGUUGAUCACAACAGUUCGAUCCCGGGAACUAGCAUCUUAGGUAGGGGUGCCCUGAUUUUUGAUGUUGUAAUGGAAGAAUUGCUACAAAAGGGAAUGGCCAAUGCAACCAAUGUUCUAUUUUCCGGUGGCUCGGCCGGUGGAUUGGCCACGCUCUUGCACUGUGAUGGCUUUCGGGAACUUUUUCCGAGCAGCACUACAGUAAAAUGCGUCGUUGAUUCCGGUUUCUUCAUCCACGCUUUGAGAUUUAUACGUUUAUUUGUUUAUUUAUAUUCUGUACAGGGAUUUACUGAUAAGUUGCCUCCAUCAUGCACUUCAAAAAGGAAUGCAAGUUUGUGCGUGUUCCCUGAAUAUAUUGUAAGAGAUGUUAAGACACCACUCUUUUUAUUGGAAACCAAAUUCGAUACUUAUCAGAUAGGAAAUCUCUACCUAUCAGAUGACAAAAACACUAUUAUUAAAGCAUGCUCGCAAAAUUUCACUCUUUGCACUCCUUCUCAUUUCCAAAUGAUGAAAGAUUAUGGUUCGGCCAUUACCGAAUUGUUGCAAGAAAUCCGAGACACUUCAUCAAUAGGAAUGUUCGUUCACCCGUGCUUGCGCCAUGGCCACUUCAGUUCGAAUCUUAGAUGGAAUUCAUCGUACAAGUUGAAAAAUAAAACAAUUGCAGAAGCUGUUGGUGAUUGGUACAACGAUCGGGACUGCACUACAUUUCAAGAAAUAGACACCGACCAUGAAUUUCCUCUAAAUACAGACUGCACAAAACUUCCGAAUAUGUAAAAUCAUUGGAUUUUCACCGGCGAAUAUUUAUAUUCAUCAAACAUUGAUAUUUCGAGAUCACCAAAUAAAAUUGUAAGCAAAAGGGAAAAUGAUUAUUUUCAAAUGGUUGUGUAUGUGAGCUUGUCUUUCUAUGGAUAUGAAUCCAUUAUAUAUAUUGAUUAUUGACUAGUCAACGUACUAAUUAUAUAUAAAUUGGUAGUUGAAUCAUCUUUCG